CGAAUUUUAUAUUGGAAAAUUAGAAACAGAUCCAAAAUUCAAAAUUUGUUAAUUCAGUAGUGCUUACUGAAUUCCAAUAAACGCGCGACGAAUAUUCUGAAUCCGUCACUGUAAAAAGAUGUGCUGGCUUCCAAUUCUCAUCUUAAUAGUUGCAUUUGAGAUCAUAUGCCUACAGCCUGCUCUAGCUGGUUUGUCUGUCAAGUAUCUUCCUGGAUUUGAAAGACCACUUCCCUUUCAACUUGAAACCGGGUAUAUAGGAGUAGGUGAAGCAGAUGAGGUGCAACUCUUCUAUUAUUUUAUAAAGUCGCAAUCUAAUCCUAAAGUCGAUCCACUUAUUUAUUGGUUUACGGGAGGUCCCGGUUGCUCUCCAUUGAGUGGGAUUUUUUUUGAAUUUGGACCCAUCACAUUGGACACUAGAGCUUAUAAUGGGAGCUUGCCAACGUUGUCUUUAAAUCCACAUGCAUACACAAAGGUGGCAAGCAUGAUUUUUGUGGAUUUGCCAGUGGGAACUGGAUUUUCCUAUGCAACAACACAAAAAGCAAAUUACUCAGAUGAUUUACAAUCAGCUAAUCAUGCUUAUGAAUUUCUUCGUAAGUGGUUAAUUGAGCAUCAAGAAUAUCUCAAUAAUCCUUUUUAUGUUGCUGGAGACUCAUAUAGUGGAAUUACAGUUCCUAUUGUUACUCAAGUAAUAUCAAAUGGUAUUGAUAGGGGAAUCAAGCCAUGGAUCAAUCUUAAGGGAUAUAUUUUGGGCAAUCCAUUCACAUUUGCUGGACAAGAUUACUAUAGGAUACCUUUUGCUCAUGGGAUGGGCCUAAUUCCUGAUGAACUAUACAAGUCAUUAGUGACUAAUUGUGAAGAAGAGUCGAUACAUAAUGGUCCAACCAACCCACUUUGUUCAAGGGACAUGCAUACUUUCAAUUGGUUGACUAAGGAUAUUUAUCAAUAUAAUAUCCUAGAGUCCCCUUGUGAACUUGUAUCAAAUGAUUCAAGAAGAUGGUUGACUGAAAAUGUUCUAAAGCUCAAAAAUUCUGCUACAUAUCCUCAAGUUAAAUGUCGAAAAGAAUGGCAUGACCUCUCUUUGAUUUGGGCCAACGAUAAUAAUGUAAGAGAUGCUCUUCAUGUUCGAAAGAAAACUAUUGGAGCAUGGGAAGAAUGCAGGAGGAACUUGUCUUUUGGAACAAUUAUCAACAAUACUAUACCAUAUCAUGCAAAUCUUAGUCGUAAUGGUUUUAGAUCUCUUAUUUACAGUGGUGAUCACGAUUUGGUUGUCCCAUUUAUUUCAAGUCAAGUAUGGAUUAAAUCACUAAACUAUUCAAUUAUUGAUGAUUGGAAGCCAUGGAUUGUUGAUGGUCAAGUUGCAGGGUAUACAAGAAGUUACUCCAAUCAAAUGACAUUCGUGACAGUUAAGGGAGCAGGGCAUACUACCCCAGAGUAUAAACCUGUGGAAAGUCUUGCCAUGUUAAAGCGUUGGUUAUCCUAUGAAUCACUAUGAUUUAAAAUAUAUUUAUUGAUAAUAUUAUUUUUAUACCAUGAAUUCUAUUUAAUUGAUUAUGAGAAGUUAUAAAGAACUUUGGUUUUGAAAUUAUCAUAUUAAGUUUGGUAUGAAGCAUUACCUGUUGUUGAAAGG